ACUUAUUUUUUUAUUCAGAGACUUUUUUUUAUUGGAUGCCAAAAUCGUGUUAUUCAUAUAAGCUCAAGGUUUCGUUCAGAGUCCACGCUCGCAAGAAGAGAGAACCGAGAGAAGACACAAUCUCGCCGGAGAAGAAGAAAGAGAAAGAUGUCGUGGCAAUCGUACGUCGAUGACCAUCUCAUGUGCGAUGUCGAAGGCAACCACCUCACAUCCGCCGCCAUCCUCGGCCAAGACGGCAGUGUCUGGGCUCAGAGCUCCACUUUCCCUCAGUUGAAGCCUGAAGAGAUAGAAGGAAUCAAGAAAGACUUUGAGGAAGCCGGACAUCUUGCCCCAACAGGGCUAUUUCUUGGUGGCGCAAAGUACAUGGUUGUUCAAGGUGAGGCAGGAGCGGUCAUCCGAGGGAAAAAGGGACCUGGUGGAGUCACUAUCAAGAAGACCACUCAAGCCUUAGUCUUUGGCAUCUACGAUGAACCGAUGACUGGAGGCCAAUGCAACUUGGUGGUGGAGAGGCUCGGCGAUUACCUUAUCGAGUCUGGUCUCUAAGUUCACACAAAGUACUUCAAACCAAUUUGAAAAUUUUAAGGUCCUUCUUCACUACAGAAUCACUAUUCUGCCCUCUAUUGUGAUUUGAUUGUUGUUGUGCAUCAAACAAAGCUAAACGAUACUCUUAAAAGAUCUAAGAAACAAUCAUAUUUGUGUUUAGUUUUGAGUCCCUAUUGCAUCUUAUGAUCGCUUUAAUCUUUUUUUUCUCUUCCUUGUUCUGUAUUUCUUAAUGUAUCUCUGGUUUUUGGGUUGGAGUAAUGAAAUAAUCCCGGUUUGUGUA